GCCGCCUCGGCGACGUGCGGCUUCUUCCUCCCCUCCCUCCACUUCCUUUCCAUUCCCCGUGACGUCACCAACCACCGCCACUGCACCAGCCGCCUCUCUCCGACCCCACCAAACCACACGUCCCGAGGCGGAGGAAGGGAGAGGGAGGGAGGGCAAUGGCGGUGGUGGGCGUCCUCGCGCUGCAGGGCUCCUACAACGAGCACAUGGCCGCGCUGAGGAGGAUCGGGGUGAGGGGGAUGGAGGUGCGCAAGCCGGAGCAGCUCCUCGGCGUCGACUCGCUCAUCAUCCCCGGCGGCGAGAGCACCACCAUGGCCAAGCUCGCCAACUACCACAACCUGUUUCCUGCACUUCGAGAGUUUGUUGGUGCAGGAAAGCCUGUCUGGGGAACCUGUGCUGGGCUCAUCUUCCUUGCAAACAAGGCAGUAGGGCAAAAAUCAGGAGGGCAGGAACUUAUUGGAGGACUAGAUUGUACUGUCCACCGUAACUUCUUUGGGAGUCAGCUUCAAAGCUUUGAGACAGAGCUUUCUGUGCCAAAACUUGCAGAGAAGGAAGGUGGGAAUGAUACAUGCCGUGGUGUAUUUAUACGGGCACCUGCUAUAUUGGAAGUAGGUUCAGAUGUUGAAAUAUUGGCUGAUUGCCCUGUUCCCUUCGACAGACCCAGCAUAACAAUAACAUCUGGGGAGGGUGUUGAGGAAGAAGUGUAUUCCAAAGAUCACGUAAUUGUUGCAGUACGGCAAGGGAACAUCCUUGCCACCGCUUUUCACCCAGAAUUGACAUCAGACUCCAGAUGGCAUCGCUUCUUCUUGGACAUGGAUAAAGAAUCCCAUGCAAAGGCUUUCUCUGCGUUGUUGUUAUCAUCAUCUUCAAGAGAUGAAGAAAACGCGCCAACGAAUAAGCCUCUUGAUAUGCCCAUUUUUUAGUAGCACUGGAAAGAAGACGGUCAGAACAUUGAAGAAAAGAAAACGAAGAAACUGACAAUUUUUACCAUUCAGUUGGUGACAACAACCCAGUUGAGCAUCUGUUAUGCUCUGUCAUCAUGUGUCAUUUAUAUCAAACUGUAUACCAAUUAAAAUAAUGAUGGUGUCUGUUGUUGUACGCAAAUCCUCAGAUAAAGCAAAUGGCGUUCUGGAAAUUGUAAUCUUGCUGUACAAAUAGAAGCUGGUCAGCUGAAUAUAUGAUAUUUCCUUCUUUA